AGCAAUAGGGUUGGUCCUAUUCCAUUCAAUUGUAGAAGAAAAAAGCAAAGAAAAGAAACAGCAGGAAAAUGUCAAAUUUGAAAAUAACAAAGUUUGAUACUUUCACUUGAAAAUUCAACCCAAAGGAGAAGUCUUUUUAACAUAUCUUCAAGAGAAAAACCCAAGUAACGGAAAAUGGAAUAGAAUUGAUUCUACAUAUCUACUCUACAAGAUCCAAUUUUCCCUUUUCCAGAGCUUCGCCAGAAGAACGGAAGACAGAUACCCAGUUACCCACCAAUCACUGCCUUUUCUUUUUCCCCGGAAAAUUCUUUCUUUUCUUCUUUCCACUCUGUUUUUCAAACUCCAGCAGCCGAUCACGAGUUUUCUCAUUUUUCUAACUCUGUUGGACCCCAGAUUUCAUUUCUUUGUGAAGUGGGUUUCUCCUGAUUUAUUGGUUUCUUAACUACCCCUUCGCUUGAUCUUGCUUUAGCUAUUCAGAAUCUGUUUAUUCAGGGCCUAACAAACAGCAAACCAGUUUCAAUUUUUACAUUGCUGCUCAUAUUCCUUGUAAAUAUCAAGAUACUAUUGUAAAUAGAAUGGGAAUCCUUUCAAGAAGUACGGUUAGUAAAAAACCAAAUGAGACAAUGAGGCUUAUUGUAACAACUUUUCUUGGAGUUGUUUUUGGCUUCUUGAUAGGGGUAUCUUUUCCAACGUUGUCCUUGACUAAGCUGAAUAUCUCAUCCAGCCUUCUUCCUUCUGUUGAUCUCUCAUACGUUGAUAGCAGAAAAUUAGGCUUGCCCACUGAAACUCCGUCCAGUUCUUCGUAUUCAAGGAAGGAUAAUAAUAAGACAACUCAAGUGCAAAAUCUGAAUGACACAUCAAAGAUUUGGGUCCCUUCAAAUCCCCGUGGUGCAGAAAGACUGCCACCAGGAAUUGUUGAAGCUGAGUCAGAUUUCUAUUUACGCAGAUUGUGGGGUAAGCCUAGUGAGGACUUGACCAGCACACCAAAAUAUCUUGUAACCUUCACAGUUGGUUAUGAUCAGAGAAAAAAUAUUGAUGCAAACAUUAAAAAGUUUUCAGGGAACUUCACUGUCCUCCUAUUCCAUUAUGAUGGACGGGUGAGUGAAUGGGAUGAAUUUGAGUGGUCCAAGCAGGCUAUUCAUGUGAGUGUUCGUAAGCAAACCAAAUGGUGGUAUGCCAAGCGUUUUCUACAUCCUGAUAUUGUUGCACCAUAUGACUACAUAUUUAUCUGGGAUGAGGAUCUGGGAGUUGACCAUUUUAAUGCGGAAGAAUAUAUAAAACUAGUGAAGAAGCAUGGCUUGGAAAUUUCACAGCCUGGUUUAGAACCUAACAAAGGAUUAACCUGGCAGAUGACAAAGAGAAGAGGUGAUCGUGAGGUUCACAAAAUAACAGAAGAGAAACCAGGCUGGUGCACUGACCCACAUCUACCACCUUGUGCAGCUUUUGUUGAGAUCAUGGCUCCAGUCUUUUCACGAAAUGCAUGGCGCUGUGUGUGGCAUAUGAUUCAGAAUGACUUGGUCCAUGGAUGGGGUCUUGACUUUGCUCUCAGAAAAUGUGUAGAGCCUGCCCAUGAGAAGAUAGGAGUCGUAGAUUCUCAAUGGAUUGUUCAUCAAACUGUUCCCUCUCUUGGAAACCAGGGUCAGUCAGAAAAUGGGAAGGCACCUUGGAAAGGGGUGAGGGACAGGUGCAGGGGUGAGUGGACCAUGUUCCAAAACCGGUUGAGUAAUGCGGAAAAUGCAUAUUUUAGGUCAAAGGCAAUGGAGUCUUCCAAUUCCAAAGCCCAUUAGAGGGACAGCAAUUAUAGAAGCUGAUCGUACACUACCAUCUUUACAACACAGCUUAAGGUUUCACAUGCAUCUGUAGAAUGUAUUAUUGUAACCAUAACAGUUCUUUAUUUACUAAUGAUAAUUUUCACCUGAAACCCAUGUAGAGUUCUCAAAAGGGAAGAGACCAAAUAAUUCCUUUGUAAAAUAAUUUUGUUUUUUUGGUGUUUGGUACUUCAUUUCUUCAUAUUAAUACCUUUUUUUUUAUUAUUAA